AAAGCAAAUUGGCAAUACUUUGUGCCCCAAUUUAUAACCUUCUAACUUUCUUUACCAACACACGAUAUCUACCAACAUGGCGGCCUCUGGAAAGAAGAAGGGUAAGAAGAAGGGGAAGACUCUGAAUCUGAACGAGUUCCUGUCAACAGGUGAUAAUUCUCCUGCUCCUGGUACCAGCUUUGUUUUUGCUUCAAAAUCAUCAUGGGCAGAGGAAUCAGAGACUGCAGAUGGAGAUUACAACGCCCAGACCUCAUGGGCAGAUUCCAGUUCGGCCGGCAUGCCAGACCGUAUCUCUCUGCCUACCGCACCAAAGAGUGCCCAGCAAGUGGAGAUAGACAAGGACAAGCUUCCCCCGAAUCCACCUUACACCAUCUACCUGGGCAACUUACCUUUCGACUGCGAAACCGACGAUAUCGAGAAGUUUCUCGUUGCAGCCACCUGUAAUGUGAGCGAUGUAAGGUUGCCUACAGAGGGAGAUAGUGCGCGUCCCAAAGGCUUUGGAUAUGCAGAGGUUGAAGACAUGGAUUCAUUGUACAAAGCCCUCGCCCUCAAUAACACACAAUUGAAAAACAGACGGAUUCGUGUUGAUCUAGCCAGUCAAGCACAAACAGAUGGAAGAGGUGGUGACAGAGGAUUUGACAAGACGCCUGGUGAUUGGAGGAGGGGUGCUGACACAAAUAGAGGUGGAGGAGGUGAAUGGAACCAGGGAGGUCAGGGAGGAGGUCAAGGUGGAGAUAGGUACGGUAGCUCUAGCAAGCCUAGCGAGAGCGAUAGAGAUAGAUGGCGAGAUAGAGGAGGCACGGAUACCCCAGACAGGGGCGGUGGAUCCUUUGGUAACAGGGGAUACGACGGUGAUAGGGGCUUUAGCAGGGAUCGUGGAGGAGGAGGAGGAGGAGGUGGUUUUGAAAGGAACUAUGAUCGUGGAGGCGGAGGAGGCGGAGGAGGGUAUGAGAGGAACUAUGACCGAGACAGGGGUGAUGGUGGCUUUGGUAGAGAGUGGAAUCGUGAUCGUGGCGGCGGUGGUGGAGGUGUUGGAUCUGAGGAAGGUUCCGGUGGGGGUGGUUAUGACAGGCGGAGUGACAGAGGCCCUGAGAGAUUCGACAGGGGAGGAGGACCAGACAGAGGAUACGAUAGAGGCGGACCGGACAGGGGCUAUGAGAGAGGUGGUCCUGAGCGAGGUGGUCCCGAUCGCGGAGGUCCCGAUAGAGGAGGAUACGGCCAAAGCAGAGGAGGAUAUGACAACAAAGAUGAAGGAAGAGAUGACUGGAGAAAGAGUGAGGAAGGCGCUCCUGCUCCUGCAAGGAGAGGAGGUGAUGAAGACUAUGCACCUGCUUCUGAAAGAGGACCUGGAGAACCACCUCGUGAGCGGAAGAAGCUGGUACUAACGAAGAGAACACAACCAAUAGAGAAGAAUCCUGCCAAGGCCGCCAGUGCUUCCUCCAUCUUUGGAGGGGCCAAGCCAGUAGACACUGCUACCAAGGAGAGGGAGAUUGCAGAGAGGCUCGAGAGGGAGAAGAGACAGUAUGAGCAACAGAGAGUGACACAGAAUAUGGAGAAAGACAUCUCAAGGAAGGAAGGCCCAGAGCAUACCAAUGCCCGUGUAAGGAGAGACAGUGAGAGAUCCGAAGGGAGGGAAGGAAGAACUCGUCACAGUAGCUCUGGCUCAGGAAGAGGUGGUCCCAGACCAGUAAUAAUGAGAAGAGAAAGUGAGAGGUCCAACGAUGAAGAAGUGUUCCAUAAGGAUGACCAGGCACCCGUCUCUCCUACUCCGACAUCUCCACCUCCACCCAAGACACCUACCUCACCAAGACAAGAAGAUGUCAAGUUAAUACCAGCCCCACCUCCCAAGGAGAAUGCAUGGGCCAAGCGCAGUCACAGUGACACGGUAGCAUCACCUCCAGCUGGCUCUGCUGGCAGCAAAGCUUCACAUGGUCCAGGGGAUCGAUCAUAUGGUGAGACAGGGGCAUGGAGGGAUGGCGAUAGUAGGCCUAGGGGAGGAGGUAGGGGAAGAGGAGGGGGACCUCCAAGAGGGGGACCUCCAAGUGGGAGAGGACAGGCACCUAGGUCUGGUGGUGAACGAGGGGGAGGAAGAGGAGGAGGAGGAGGAGCUCGGACUGAUGGUGAAAGGAACAAGCCUCCAGGUCCUCUGCCUAAGUAUGAGGAACCCAAAGCUAGGGACUGGUCAGAUGCCAAUAAGUUUUCAUCACUCUUGGAAGAUGAUCUUGGAAAUACAUCAGACUAAAAUCUUAUUGUAUGAUCAAGUCUUGUGUAAGAGAAAUCUGUUCCACAGUGUGGGGUAUUAAACUGGUGUAAGAUUUAGGAUUUUGUUUUGCUUAUUACUAUUAGAGUAUCUAUAUUUUUCCAUGUUACCUUGAGAUUAACAUUUUCAGGUCUCAAAGUUCAUUUCAAUUUCAUUUUCAUUCAAGUUAAUAAUAUAUAUAUAUAUACCAUUGUUUUGUGGAGUUUAUUUGAAAUGCCCUCUCUGUGAUGCUAAUUCAUGAUUUGAUAGUUGUGACAUGAACAGAGUUCAAUUGCAAAUCAAACACCUCUCUGGACAAAAUCAUUUGGUAUGCCAUGAAAUACACAUUCGAUUUUGAAUCCCAUAUUCACCAUUCAAAAUUUUGUAGGUUAAACAAAAAA